GCCAUCACGUGUUGCCGCAUUACAUGUGCGUGCAUCGUAUUUUUGCAAGCUGUACAGCUGUAGAUAUUGAAAUUUUGUACUGUUUGCUCACCGACCUGACUUCUAAGUCAGCACUUACGCAAGGAUACACGUGGCUGGGAAACAGAGAUGGAAAAAGCGGUUCCGCCAUCUUGCCCUUGUCUUGCAAAGCAGACGUCAGGCACCGAGGUGACAACAUGCUGUUCGACGGUAGAAGAACUUCACACUGAACUCGAGAACAAGAAUGCAGAGAUCGCUUCCUUGAAAAACGAAAUCGCACAAUUGAAGGACACCGUACGAGAGAGACUGUCGCAGGAAAACCUUCUGGCUGAGGCGCAAGUGAAGGAGGACAAUUCUAAGCAGAUUCUGGCAGCGACAGAAAUCCAGCUGCGGCAGAAGGUUGCGGAAACGGAGCAGCUACAGCGUCGUCUGGAAAAUGCCUUGGCUGAGCUGGGAGCUACGGAAGAGCUCAAGAUAUCAUUAUGCGAAAAGAAUGACCAGGUCAACGCUCUAACGGAAGAAAUACGUGCUCUUCAGGAGGCUCUUCAGCUGCGUGACGAAGCAAAACACGUGUCAGAAGUGAUUGAAGCUGAUACCGCAAGCUCAGAGAUUUCUCCUCAUGGAAAACGUAAUGUGCUCGGCGAGAGCGUGGUGCACUCAUCCGAAGAGCGCAGAGUUCCCCACUGGCAGGCGCAGAUCAUGGAGAACCUUGAGAGCUCCGUUGUGGGCGAGCAACAGAGUACGCAAUCGAAUGAACCGGAGCGUAGAUAUCAAGAGCUGUCGGAGGCACAGCGUGAUAGAAACAUAAUGCCGUUGUCUAUGGAUAUCGUAGUUGCAAAACGACCCAUCGGUGGAGAUCCGCUGCUAGCCAAGCUCUGUUUCAGUGAGGAUGGGUUAGGUGUUUUUGCUACAAGUGGUAAAGACGUGGAGGAUUUGGAAUUUCCGUCGGAAGAAUCCCAAGAACUGCUCGCCGAACGACAGGAGGUGGAUGACAUGUUCCGAAUGAGAGAGACCAACUUAUCAACUACCAGCUUCGUGGCGACUUCUACGUCUUCCCCGAGACAAGAACGCUCGAGUUUGGAAUCCUAUGUCACAGCCCUCCAGUAUCCUCAUAAUCUACCCCGGAACUGGUCUAUUGCGGUGGAACCCGUACUUGCGCAGCUCCAGGAGAGAAACCUGAGCCUACUUGCUGAUCUGGUGGAAGUCGAGGAAAGUCUCAUCCAGCUUCGAACCAGGAAGAGAGAUUCCGAAUGCAAGCAAUCGCCUUUGUGCAUGUCGACUGAUGCCGAAUGCAGUAAAGGAGAAAGACAUCACCCAGAAGAACUGGAAAGCGACAUUAAGACGCUGGUGGAGGAACGCGAGGAAAUUCGUCGACGGUGGCAUCAGCACCGCGAGGAAGUGGGUGCCGUGGCGGACGAUUUGCAGGAUAAACUAGAUGCGCUCCGACGAAUGCAAAAAGAUGCGGAUGAAAGCGAUUCCAUGGUAGAAGUCGGGGUUUCUGAAGAAAGCUUGGAGUGGAGCUACAGUCAGGAACACGCCCUUCAAGAGAGGUUCCAGCUGGACUUCUGCGGGAAAGGUGCCAUGUCAAAAGGGAGCGAGAGAGGAACUCAAGAGUGGCUGACGUCACAAAUCGAGGACAUCUGCGACAGACUUUCGUCAUUAGGGCGUUCCCUUCGUAACAUGGAGACAAAGCCAGAGCCCGUUCUUCAUCUCAACCCUCAGCUUCUAGCCGGGCAUAUACGGAACUUCCAACUUACAUACUCGCAACUGUUCAAGAAUCUGGAGAGCUUGCAAAAUCGCCUGGAUCACAGCGAAAUGGAAAGAAGCUCCGAUAACCACGUGCCGGACACGUACGUGGAUAAAUGCGUCAAUUUUGCGAUGGAGAAUUCUGUGCCGUGGGUUGACCAUGUCGAAUCACCUCCGUCGCCCCUAUCGCUUGUGCCACGGAGAGAAAUUUCCUCUGGGUUGGAGAAAGAGACGCUGCGUACAACUGUCUGCGAAAAGAUGUCCGAUAUAAAGCAGGAAGAAAUCCUGGAACAGGCCAACGAUCAGAAACUUAGUACGCAGGAACCUGCAACCGCGCAGAAACUGGCGCUUGGAGAGCAGGACCUGCAGUUGAAAUCCGAAGCCAUCGAUUUGCAUCCAGAUAAAAUCGUCUUUAACCGAAUGGCAUCAGAUUUUAAUGCGGAAGUAGAUGACGAGAAAGAUGAAGUAGACGAGAAGGAUGAACUUUUCAUAGAGCUGCACAAUCUGCGGGAAUCAUACUCUCAGGUCCAGAGAGACAGGCAUCGGUUACAAGAACAAAUAGAUGACGUGCUUAAGCAAGCGGAAGAACAGGAACAAGAGCUGCUUCGUAUCGAUGAUAUUCUCAAAGUGAACGAGGCAUUGAAAUGCGAAACUGAGAGGCUCUCUGGAAAAGAUAAAGAAGUUAUUGAGCUGUCAGCAAAGAUAUUGUGCCUUGAAGAAGAGAAUGCGAAGCUUCAUGUACGGUGCAAAAGAACCGACAGCCUAGAGAGGGCGCUGGAACUCUCGCGGGAUCAGUUUACUGUGGCAGAACAUAGCCUGAGUCAUUGUGAAAAGAAAGUCAACAGCCUAGAAGUAGAUCUUGCUGAGGCGGUAAACACCAACCGGGUUUAUGAGUGCAAGCUCCGAGAAGUGGAAGAGAACCUGGCUACGACGAAAGACGAAGCCACUUUUCUGAGGGCGAAGGGAGAAAGGCUACAAAUCGCAACUUCUAAAAAUUGUGAACUUUCAAAAGUUGUGGAGAUACUAAAGGACCGAAACAAAGACUUGUCUGAAGAAAUCGAAAACGCGAGACGCCAAGUCGAACAUCUGCAGGUCGCACUCGACGAGCGGAAAAGAGCUUCACAAAUGCUGUUGCAGGAACGUGCUGCGCAGAAUGAUAAAAUACUUGCACUUUCUGUUGAGAUCGCAAAGUACAAAAGCCAUUGCGCAGCGGCCGAUGAAGAACUCAAGGGCGCCACCUUGCUUCAUGAGGGAAUACGCAGGAAAAUAGAGAGUGAGAAAUUUGCUACCGAGGCAAUGUACAAGAAAUCCCUGGCCGAUGCAGAAGAGCUGAGAGACUCCUUAAUGUCCGAAAAAAGCAACCUCAGUGGGGAGCUUACAGAAAAGGAAGCUGAAAUAAAAUUGCUCAAUGAGGGUCUGAAGAAAGCUCGUCAGGAAUUUCAAAGAUUGUCAAUGAACGCAUCAAGCCUCAACAGGGAGGUUUCUUCCAAAGAAUCUGAACUCUAUAGCGUUCGCGAAGAACUGAGGAGGUCCAACGAAUCAAGGGCUGUAAUGUCCCGCCUCUGUUCGGCAUUGAACAAUGACUUGGAAAGGACAGAGAAUGAACAAGAGCAGUGCAAGUCCACAUUGGAGCAGCUGGAGUUGUUGAAGGCUACGUUGACAUCACAAUUAACAGAAAGUGUUUCGCAGAUCGAAGUUGUAAGGGCCGAGUUGAGCAACGCGCAGCAAGAAGUGGAAAAGCUGAAAAAUGAGAGAGAUCAGCUCCUGACCGAAGUUGAAGAGCUGCGAGUGCACCUGAAAGUGAGCAAAGCUCAGGCAAUAGAGUUCGCCAUUAAAUUGUCCACACUGGAGAGCCAGAACGCAGAGAUGCAGUUGAAACUCAGCACGACGAUGUGUGCUGCCCGAAUGCACGGGAAGGAACGUUCUGCACCGGCUCAUCAAGUCAAGACUACCAAACAGGAAAUGACUGCAGGGAAAAAUCUAGACAUACGGGAACUGGGAGGAGAAGCUCCGGCGCAGGAGGAUGAGGCCUGCGAAGCAUGGACACUGCUUAAGAAUGCCAAGAAAGAACUCCGCCCACCGAAGGAGUCCCCUCUGCGGACACGCACGCGUCUGUACAAGGAGCAGUUCUCACAACAUGAGGGACCCGGCGGGUGUCAAGCACAGGCCGUGGACGAAACGGGUGCCGCUCCCCAUGCUAUGUCGCCCGUCGUGACUCGUGUAAGUGUCCGGGGCAGAAGCCCUAGUAAGACCCGGUACGUGGUCACAGUGUCCGCUGGACACGCUCACCCGGCCCCGGCAUCUUCAAAUAAAAGCGGUGCAGAAAAAUCUGUUUUUACGGCAUCUGGGGCAAGCGAGGCAGGUGUUUCACCGAACCGGGUGUCCAGAGCAGCGGUGAGGACCGGUCGACAACCGGAGCGACCGAUGCAAGCGACAUCGUCGACAAGUACUGAAGUCCGACAGUCGUCCGGAAGAUCGGUGCCAAAACUGGACUCUUUGAUUCAUCCAUUGAUGGCACCCACAUCGAGAAUACGCCCACGUAACACCUCUGGAGCUGCGUCUGCCAAGGAAGGGCAACAGGUGCCUCCGAAGACAACUACGGAAGAUCAUUGCAAGACCGAUAACUGCAAAAUGCAGUAAUAUAAGGCGUAUUUUAAAGUUGCGCUAGCCAUAUAUGCGCAAGAAAAUAUCUCACUUGGGAGCGCUGGGGAAGUUAUUACCAGAUGUAACUAAUACUGAUAUUAAAGUCCUUGUUAAUGUGGAAACGGA